GAGGGACUCUGCCAAAAAAAAGAAAAAAAAAAAAAAGUCAAUCGAUGCAGCAAUCUUCAGUGUUGUUUUAUUUUAGGAGAUUGUCACAACCACCUCAACCUUCAGCAAGCAUCACCCUGAUCAGUCAGCAGCCAUCGAGGCCCCCAACCAGCAAAAAAUAAUUACAACUCACUGAAGGUUCAGGUGAUUAUCAUCAUUUUUUAGCAAUAAAGUAUUUUAAAUUAAACAUAUUUUGGACAUAAUGCUAGUAGACACAAUAUAGCGUAAACACAACUUUUAUAUGCACUAGGAAGCAAAGAAAAAAAAAUUGGUGACUUGCUUUACUGUGAUAUUCAUUUUAUUGGAGUGUUCUGAAACUAAAUCCCCAGUAUUUCUGAAGUUUAUUUGUACUUUAUGUUGAUUAACUUUAAUUUUCAACAGCCCUAUAAUGAGAAGGAGUGCAGUGGAGAGACUAGGUGACAUGUAAGAGCCUUCCAGGAACUAGGAGGGAGAGUUGGGAUUUGAACCGAUGCAUUUGGCUCUAACUGCAAUUGUCACCUGUGGGCUGUGGUGGCUGUGACCUCCAAGGUCCUAAGAGGUGCUAACAUUCUAUGUGGCCAUGAAAUUACCCUUUUAGGCAGAGGGUAGUUUCUUGAUUUUUCUUGUAAUUCCAAAGCAUUUUCCUAUAUGAACUUACUGGUCAGUGCUGCAAGGAAGACGAGUCCUAAUUUUCCCAGCCCCAACACUGGGAACGGCUCAUCAGGUGAAAAGCUUGAGAUGGCCUCAAGGUGGCAGCAUUAACUCAAAUAUGGAUGGACAGACCCUGGUACCUGGCCUUGAAGCAAUCCCAAAGUCAGAAUUGGCCCUUCCUGCGUUUUACUUUUUGCAAAACCCCAAGGUGUAACUAUUUGGAGGUGAAGAGUCAAAUUGAUCUCGUGAGGAGACCAAACAGUGAAGACGCUGAAGGUGUUAAAGUGGAAAAGCAGGAGUGUUUCCCAGGAAUUAAGAGCCUUUGGAGGGAAAAGAAAGAGGAUAUAUUGAGCGCCAUGAAGAACGGAUGCGGUUCAAAAAGAUUAAUGAUUCAUCUGUUAUCCGUUCAUAAGUGGCUGAUUCUAGGCCUCUUACUUGCCAAAACCCAGAAUCACCCCACUUCACCAUGUUCAUGGUCUUCAUUUUUAUCUGUUUGAUUUUUUAGAGUAUUAAACACUGAUAAAGGAGAGUACUAAAUUAUUUUAUAAAGUCAGAUAUAUAGGCUAGAUUGUCUCAGUUGUGAGUGUUGAACUUACAGGUGAAAUUUCUCUUCUUUCCUCAUCUUCUUCCUCUCUCUUUCUUCCUCUUCUGUCCCAUUCCCUCCCCUUCUCCUUUUCUUUGCUUUCUCUCUUUAUCUGUCUUCCCCCAUUUUUCCCUCUUUCUUUCUCAAGUUUUUUUCCCUUGGUUGUUAUAUUGGUCAAAUAAAUAAUGACAAAGAAACCUAAGUCUUUAGAGACGGACAGGUGGGUCAGGUGAUUAGAUGCUACAAAAUUCCAAGAGUAUGCAAAAAUAUCCUUGGACUCCUAUCACCUAGCUUUCCACUUGCUUGGCCACUUUAUAUGUCUUCUUUUGUUUAAAAAGAGUAUUCUAACAGUGGGCUUUUUCUUGGAAAUGUUUUCAUGAGAGCAAAGAAAAAGUGAGUAAAUAAGCUCUACUUUUGUAACUGACUGUAGUGGAACAUGGAUUUGUGAGAACCUAAGAAAAUAUCAUUUUCUAGAUUCUAAGAGCAUCUCUGCUUUUCCACAUUUGUUCCCAAGAGAAGCAGUAGAGCACAGUGUAAAAAUAUACAGAAUUUGGGUCAGACAGACUUGAGCAUUUCAUUACUUUCUGGAACUGUAAGAUGCUCCAAGCUUCUCUGGUAUAUUCCCUGCUCCACUGCUAGAGCCAGCCAUUCCUCUAAGCAGCCUUGGUUUCUGUUAUUAGAGAAUAAUAUUAGAAAAAUAUUAUUAGGUAAAUUAGUAAAAUAAUUAUUAGAUAAGUAAUAUUAGAUAUGUAUAGAAGUUUUCACAUCUGUAAAAUUGGAGAGAUAAUAUAUUUCUCGUAGAGUUAUAUGAAUGUUAAGUGAAAUAACACAAGUAUAUACUGAACAAAGGGCUUGAAAUAUAGGAAGCUAUAUUAUGUAUUAUAAUAUAUAAAUAUAUAAUAGCAUGUAUAAUAUAUAAAUAUAUUUUUUUACAUAUAAAUUUAGUAGAGGCUGAAAUAGAGAAAUCCUUUGCUUCUUAUAAGCUCCAUGUUAAAAUUUAUUUAAAACCAAGUUGAUUGGGGAAAAAAAAAAUUCCUGGAAGUGUUUUGAUUCACAGAGCUCUUUGGAACUUUGAGUUCUGUAGACAGAGCUGGGUUUGGGAAAAUGGAAAUUCUGAUACAAUUUAUCAUUUAUACUCUGACAUUUUGAAAAUCUCUCCCCAUUUAGUCUUGGAUAAAGGGCCAGCUCCCAAUACUCACAGGAAAUCUGUGGGCUGAGCGUGCAGGGGGGCUGGAUCCUCAAGCUCCUUUGAAAGCAUUUUUUUGACAGAAUUUUCUCGUCGGUAAUAUUAGCCUAUGAUUAGAAGAACCAAGACUCCCCUGUGGCCCCUAAGGGAUCUUUGAGGUGCCUCCAUAUCAUAACAAUGUUUCAGUUCCCUCAGGAAAGUGGUGUUAUAAUUGCUUGUUUGUAUGUUGCUGAGCCCUGGAUUGGAAUUGAGACCUUAGGGAACCUGGGAACCCGGUAAUCCCGCUUCAGAGGCUCCUUAAUCUACAUAGGCACCAGCUUCUAGCUGAUCUCAGACGUCUCAGAUAGUUUGGUAUGGCUCAUUUAGGGUCUCAAGCAAACUGCAGGAGCAGCUGAACUGCCUUUACACUUUUAUCACAUAGCCUCAGGAAAUCUUUUACUAUUUGAAAUCCAAGGUCCUCAGAGACCAACAACUCUUCUUUUCUUUUUUCAGACUUCAAAAAGUCCAGUGUUGAAGCAGUUCUGAAUUGAGAUCUCAUAAUUCCCAAGGACAUAGGUAUGUUUUCCCUGACCUUUUUAAAAAGCCGUAUUCUUCACACCGUGGGUAGAAAUAAUGGAUUUGUCUAAAAGAAGGAGGCUCAGAAGUAGGUAUAUAAAAAGACUUUUAAUUCAAUUUUCCCCAACCUCCUCUGCUACAUUUCACAAGAAUAGAGACAGAAGUUUCCCACAGGUAAUUCUGAGUCACCCAUUGCCAUAGUCAUUGCUAGAUGGGGUGUUGCUACCAAAUGGUAUUAAUAAAACCUGGGAAAUAAGUUCACACAUUCGGCCUACAGUUUAAUAAAAAGAUUGAUUAAUUAGUUUCUAUUAAGCACCUGCUAGAGGCACACACUAGCUGGGUUUUCUUAUAUUUUAUCUUACUUUAUCUUCUGUCUGCAAAGGAAAAUUGACUUGCUUAUAGUCCCAAAGCAAGUGAGCAUUAAAGCUCUUAUUCUAACUCAACUGCUGAUAUUCAAAUUCACUCACCACUUAACAAAUAGUUGAGUCUACUUUACUGCUGCCUCAAAUGUAGUGGUGGAUAAUAAUGCACGAAACAGUGACAAACAAUACAGACCUUCUCUCUUCCCUUAUGGAAUUUAUUCCAUUGAGAGUCUUCUUUAGAACUCCCCAAAUGGGGCUGUGACGACUGGGGGUGAUGCUUCAAACCCCUUUAGAGGCAAUUUUCAUGGAACUUUUUCUUUCCAAGCUAUCUUAAUGGCUUAGACUUCUCUGUUUGUAACAAUAAUAAUUCCUUAAAUUUUAGUUUUAAACUUAAUAUUUUAACCUUAGAUAUUUCAGUAUUCGACCUUAGAUAUUUUUAAAAUAUUUUUUCUCUUUCAAGACUCCUUCCGAAAUUUAUUUUAGGCCCAUGCAGAAAAGCCUGGGUUUUUCAGGACUGGAGUGGGAGGAGAUGCAGCAGCAGCAGCAGCAGCAGGAUUUGAACUCAGGCCUUGCAGGCUUCGAGGGUUGGUGCUAUGUAAAUGGGCCUUUUCUCUCUGCCCUGACUCCAGAUUUCUCCCUGCUGCUCUGGAUUUCAACACAUUUAUUAACAGCAACUGCAAUGCAUAAUGGAAAGGGUUGCCCAUCAAGGGAACACAGAAAGUAUCUUGAAUAUUAAUUGCUGAUAGAUGAAGAUGGCAGUCCGGGGCAGUUCAAUAUGGGGGAUGUGUAAUGGGUUUUAGAAACUGAACCUACAGCUUAAGUGAAUAGACUCCCGUGGUCAAUAUUAACCAAGGACAUUGAUCUAAUAAGCAUUUGAGAAGGUAUUUUGGAAAAUAAUUCAGAAUCCACCCUAAGUCAGCUGCAUUUUAUUAUUGGAAUUUUUCCAGGUUUUCAUCCUACUUUGUGUCAAGGAAAAGGUUGGUGUAGAUAUAUGAGGGCUAAUAUCUCUUUAGUUAAAGGACCACAGUACUUAGCAAGCAAUUAUCCCUUCCUGGGUUCCCUCUACCAAUAAGCAGUAAUAUUUGGCCAGAGUUCUAGACCUUAAACCAGUCACUUCACCUCGCUGAGCCUCAGUUUCUUCAUGUCUAUAUCUGUUUAUCUAUCUAUCUAUCAUCUAUCUAGUCAUGCAAUAAUUAAAUUAAGAAGUAAAUGCAAAAAGGGUUUUAUAAACUUUAGAACCACUGUUUUUUAUAAACUUUAGAACAGUGGUUCUCAAUCGGGGGAAUGUUACUCUUUAGGGGACAUUUGGCAACGUCUGGAGACGUUUUUGACUGUUGCAAAUGGGAGGUGGUGGUGUUACUGGAAUCUAAUAGGUGGAGAGAGGACAGGCAAACUGCUGAAUAUCUUAUAAUGCACAAGACGGCACUCCCCCACCCCCCAGCACAACCUGCACCAAAGAACUGUCCAGCUCAUAAUGUCAAAAGUGCUGAGGCUGGAAAAUCAGGCUCUGGAAUUGUACAGAUUUUACAGUUAAGUAGUUGUGUGACCUUGAGGGACACCACAUCCUUCUGUUUCCUAAUAUGUAAGAUCAGAACACUGCCUGUCAUAGAUUACAGGAUAUUGUGUCUGCUGAAUUAGAGAGUAUACACAUAUGUCAAAAGUCAAAAGAAAAAAAGUCAAAAAGGCUGGAUAAAUAUAAUGGAAAAUGCUACUGGUCAAAAAGUCAAUUGGUACAUAACUGGGUAGUAAUGUACCAAGCUGACUGAGCCAGUUCUUAUGAAACUAGCCACAUCGUGUGUGUGUCAUGGUCAUCCAAAAGGACAAGCUAUAGUAUCCCCUUCUUUUUGUUAUUCUUCAAGGUAAGCUAAAGUCUAGCAGAGCUGAAGCAUUUUCUCCUUCUAAUUCCUCUUUUCUUUUCCAAACUCUUUCCCUCCUCUCCUCUUGCAUUUUCUUUCUCACUUCUUCUGAGUCUGCUCCCAUUCACUCUGCUACUAGGAGUGGGAAAAGCCCUGAACACCUCAGGUUGAAGAACAAAAAUAGACGAGAAAGAGUGCUGUAAAUUAAGGACACAAGCCUGUCUCCAGGCCUGAUCAUCUGCAAACUCACUGUUACUCCUGAAUAUUUUUCAUAUGACAAAUCUAAGCUAAUAUUCUGUCCCAAAGCACAAGCCCAGUGAGACUAGAGGACAACAGUCUGUUUGUUGUGGAAUAGAGCAUGAGAAAUAUUUACACACUUUCCUAUUGAUCUUCUGUUUGAUUCACCAAAUAUUUAUAUAUGUGUGUGAGGGGCCAUGGCAGGAUGGGUGGACCAGAAAGGAUGGAGACAGUUACUGUCCCAAGGGGCUUAGAGCUAGUUGAAGAGUGAGUGGUUGCCCAACUCAUUGUGCAAUAAUCAGCCAAGACUCAAGUGCUUUGAGGAUGCAGAGAAGGGAGGACUUAACCGUAAUUAGGGUCUACCACAAAGACUUCUGAUAAGGGGUAAAAAAAAAGAUACAUAUGCAUAUACACAGAUAAACAAAAACAUUUGUAUAUAUUAAAGUCAUAGUUUUAUACUAAAUAUAUAUAAAUACAUACUCACAUUUACAUAUACCAUAUUCCCUUUCAGUUGAACUACGGUUUAGGGAAUAAUUUAUAAAGGCAACAAAAGUUGUGGUUAAGAUCUUUGGAUUUAGUAUCAAACAGACCUUGUCCUGCCAACACCUUGAUUUUGGCCCGGUGAAAUGGAUUAGAGACUUCUGGCCUCCAGAACUUUGAGAGAAUAGAUUUGUGUUGUUUUAAGGAAAGAGAAAUUUGGAAAAUCUUUAGUGAGGCUAUACUGUUGGAAGUAGAAUGUGGAAGACAAUGAGUGAUGGACAUUUUAAUGUUUAAUAAUUAAAUACAUACAAAGUUAUAUCCAUAUCAUAAUUUGACUUUAUAUGAUGUAAAUAUGUUGAAGAAUUCAAAUUGAAUGUAUGGACUUUGGAUUCAGCAAUACAAACGGGCAAACUUAGAUUCUGGCCCCUAAAUAGACUAUCUUGUUCAAUAUUCAGGUCCCAGAGCCUUAACUUUCUUAACCAUAAGAUGGGCAUAAUAGCACCUAUCUCAUAUGAGUUCAAAGCUGUAAUAUACCAGGAGAUUUUAGCAUGAAUCUUACACACAGUACCUUCUCUCUAUACACUAGUUUUUUACCUUUUUAUCAUCCCAUAAUCCCAUCUCAUACUUUCAUUUGAAUUUUGUUGCUGCCUCUUCUUUAAUCAUCAGGUUAAUUCAAAUUUGUCACAAUGGAGAAUAGCACAGAAGUCACCGAGUUUAUCCUCUUGGGAUUAACAGAUGACCCCAAUCUUCAGAUACCCCUCCUCCUGGCAUUUUUAUUCAUCUACCUCAUCACGCUGGUUGGGAAUGGGGGAAUGAUGGUGAUCAUCCACUCAGACUCCCACCUCCACACUCCAAUGUACUUCUUCCUCAGUAACCUCUCCUUUGUAGACUUGGGUUACUCAUCAGCUGUAGCCCCCAAAACAAUGGAUGCAUUGCAGUCAGGGGACAAGGUCAUCUCCUACAAUGGAUGUGCAGCUCAGUUCUUCUUUUUCGUGGGGUUUGCCACUGUUGAGUGCUACCUCCUGGCCUCCAUGGCCUAUGACCGCCAUGCAGCGGUAUGUAGGCCCCUACAUUACACCACCACCAUGACAGCAGGUGUGUGUGCCCUCCUUGCUAUUGGUUCCUAUGUCUCUGGCUUCCUCAAUGCCUCUAUCCAUGCAGCAGGCACCUUCAGACUCUCCUUCUGUGGUUCUAAUGAGAUUAAUCAUUUCUUCUGUGACAUUCCCCCACUCCUGUCUCUCUCAUGCUCCAACACACGCAUCAGCAAGUUGGUGGUCUUCUUCGUGGUGGGCUUCAAUGUCUUCUUCACCCUCCUGGUCAUCCUCAUUUCUUACUUAUUCAUAUGCGUCACCAUUCAAAGGAUGCGUUCUGCUGAAGGGCGGAAGAAAGCCUUCUCCACCUGUGCUUCCCACCUCACUGCUGUGUCCAUCUUCUACGGCACAAUCAUCUUCAUGUACUUACAGCCCAACUCCAGCCAGUCCAUGAACACAGACAAAAUAGCCUCUGUGUUUUACACAGUGGUGAUUCCCAUGCUGAAUCCCUUGAUCUACAGCCUGAGGAACAAAGAAGUGAAAAGUGUUCUCUGGAAAAUACUCAACAAACUUUAUUCCCAAUAUUAAGUGUGAGUGGGAAGUAGGCAAGCAAUUAAGGGAGAUAAACUUUCUCUCCCUCCUAAAUGCCAUCAUGACUUUUAAGAUUUGGCUGGCUUCAGUUCUUUCUUCCCCAAGAACAGUGGUUACUUCUGCUAUCAGGAGAAGAUGUAAAAAGCAGCACAUUGAAAAGUCUUACUUACAAAGAUAAUCUUGUAUUUAGUGAACAGCAACAUGAGACAGUUAAGCUUUUCCUGAUUUAGCUUUUUGAUGUGGUUCAAAGCAGAACAUGGAAGCAUACAACCGAAUGUGCUGAAUUUUCCUAACCAUAUUUUUAACUCUAAGAAUUUUUCAUUCACUGUUAAACUUGGUGUAGAGAUCCCACUUUCAUUUAUAAUAUUUAUCAACUAAACAUGCAGUAUUGUUUUUUAUUUCUUUGUUCUGUGAGUUUGAAAGUUGGACUUUCUAAUGUAGACAAAGGAUGUUUCAAUAGUUUAAAUGAUAUUUCAGAGAAAGUUGUAAUUUAAAGGACAGGGCACUAAAUCAAGAGUUAGGUGGCCAAAGACUAAAUCCUUCCAACCUCAUACUCUCCCUUCCCUACCACAUUCCUGCCCUUACUCACUCGUCAUGUGCCUCCGCAAUUGCCAUUUCCUUUCGCUAAGGUGUUGGGGAAACAAUAAACCUUGUUGUAUACAGACGUAUGAAAACAUUUUAAUAGAUGAAUGAUUUAAACUUUAACCUUUCUUUGGAGAGCCUACACUAUCUUCUGUGUUUCUUGUUUCUAACAUAAUUACCAAAACUUCCAGAAGGUUUAGAGAAAAAAAGUCUAUUUUCCCUAAAGCUAUGAAAAAAUAUAUUUGUCUUCUGAAUUAAAUGCUUGCAUUUCUUAGCACCCUUAAGUUUGGUGAAUCUAUUAUGAAGAUGUGUAAUAGCUUUCUGGGCUGUCUUUGCUUUUAUUUUUUCAAUAAUUCAGCUCACCUCUGGGUCUCCAUUGCAUUCUGGUGUUCUGUAAUUAGAUGCUACAAGAAUAAAAAAGCCUGCCUGGAAAUUUGCUUCUUAAGAUAGAUAGGAACAGCACAAUGACGCACAGCACUAGCCCACCUUCAGGUCUUGUCUCAUGUGCUAGAUGGUGUGAGCGAAUGUGUGUGCUUGGGAAGGGAGUGGUGAUUAAUUCCACUUCUCACAUAUCAAUUGUUUGAUGGUGUUUAUAACUACAAUUACUCUAAGUCACCACAAUGGGUCAUGAUAUCAAAAUCUCCCCAGAAAACUCAACAAAUUAAUUUUUACUUUAUAGAUGAAAACCAGAAAUCUUGGUUGGCUAACUCAGGUGGUUUAAAACAUCAAUUUAGUUUUGAGAUUAUUCAACUCCAUUAUGCACAGGGCAGCCUCUGUCUGAGGAGGAUAAAUCAUAAGUCUUCUGGGAAAAAGAGCAAAGAAGGAGUCGUGGAACAUGAGGAACAUGGGUAUAGCUUUCUCUGGCACAUGGUUGCCAUCACCUGGAAAGAUUAGGAGGUUUUGAGCCCAAGGCCUGUAAAAUCUAUAUCUGCUCAAUUCACCCUCCUCCCUCCCCUCUUCUUUAGCAAUGAGGCCCAUCCAGCAACACACAAGGAAGAACAGCCUUUACAGGCUAGGAUCCACUACAUAUAGGAAUCUUUCUCAUUGAAAUCUACAGAGCUAAAGAGUGCCUGCAUUUGGAGAAGAGCCUGGGAAACAGCUAUUCAAGCACUGGGUGCAUUCUAAUCUCAGCUACACAGUUUUCCUACUUGAUAUAAUUGACUUUUUUUCCUCCUCUUCCUGCUCCUCCUUCUUUACUUCCUUUCUUUCUUUCUUCUUCUCCUCUUUUUCCUUCCCAACUUCUUUCUAUGCCCAGCCCAAGCAAGAACUUUUCACACCAAUAGGCCUCAUAGAGCUCUAUAAAAAAUUAAAAUCUAGAGUCUAUAUAACUAUUCCAACAUAUA